CUGAAGAAGAAACAAGAGACACAGAGGAGGCCAGAAGAGAACAUUCCACAACAGCAAAGGCCGGGGCAGUUUGAACAUCCUGAGGAAACAACACUCACUUCCUGUCAAAUUAAGCCAAGCCGAUGACUGCUUGGUGUGAUAACCGUCGUCACUGCCUUACCAAUGAGCGGCUGAGCUAAAGCACCACGUUAAUGUCAGCGCUCCCGCCUCCCAGAUCCUGACCAGCCCCACGAACACACCAGCAGCCAGCUUUGUCACCAGCUUGUUAACCUCCAGGACAGCCAGCAGCGUGUAGAGCCUCGGCGUUCCUAAGACAGCAUGGGCCUCCCACAACGGUUCAUCCUCGUCCUCCUGUCCAUCUACUUAUACUCAGCGAGCGUGGUGAACACACAGCAAGAAUUCAAAAUCCAAAGUGUCAAGCUAAUCAUUGAGCCCAGGAACGAUGUGACUGCGGGGACCAAUGUGACUCUGAGAUGCCAGGCCACAGUGAGCACAAGUACUGAGAAGGGGCCGAUUCGUGAGUACACCAUAUUGAAGAAUGACAAGAUAGUGUACACCAAGACCAUUGGCUCCUCUGAGGACUUCGUGUACCAGCUGCACAAUGCCAGAGUCUUCAGCACUGGCUUGUAUCAGUGCAAGCUAGACAUCCAAGGCGACACCAAGUUGAGCAAAGCACAAAGACUCAACGUACAAGGACUCUCGCAGCCAGUUCUCCAUCUUGAGAUGAACGUUGUUAAUGAAGGGGAGGAGGUACAAGCCACCUGUAUAGCUCCAGGUGAGAUAGGGUCCUUCAUCUUCUUCUUCUUCGAUAAUGAUGAACAGAUGAGCAGGGUGGAAGGACUCUCCAACCAAGCAAAGACCACUUUCAGGUUAAGCAGUGGUGGCAUCCACAAAAUUCACUGCUCCUACAAGAUCCGCACAGCAGAGGACACCUUCCCUUCAACAAAAAGCAACAACGUCACUGUUUCAGUCAAAGAGCUUUCUAUUACACCAGUACUGAAGAUUUCCCCUGACUCCACAAUCUAUGAAGGAGACCACCUCAACAUCUCGUGUAGUGCCCAAAACUUUCACUCCAGCUCUGAAGGUUACAAGCUAUUCCUGAGCCAGGGCACCAAGCUUCUCAGGACUGGCAACUCUACAAUAAACCACAACAUGGUUGCAGUACCAAAGGUCUCUGAAGCGCUUACAUUUGACUGCAGAGUGGAAAUGAGAAAUGUGGAGAAAUACACCAAGAAGGCGAUUUCCGUGGUUGAGCUCUUCUCAGUGCCCAGUCUCACCAUGUUUCCCACUGAAAUCUUUCAAGGGGAAAUUAUGACAUUAACCUGCAACAGUGAGCGUUUUGCCUCUCAAAGAAUCAACAGGGAGGAUUUGGAGUACACUCUUUAUCCAUCUAAAAACUUACCGAGCUCUGGUAAACCUGGAGUAUUUAAUGUGAAGGCCCUACAGAAUGAUUUCAACUACACCUGCUCAGCUGAAGCCAAAGGCAUCAAGAAAGAUAGCAAAACCCUGAUGAUUCGCCCUAAAGUUCAUGUCUCUGCUCUAAAGAUUUCAAUUGAGGACAAGGUGAUCCUGAAAAAGAGCAUCACCAUCUUGUGUCAGUCGAAUGGCAGCCUGCCGAUAAACUACACCCUGUUUAAGGAUAACGUCCAAGUGGGCACAAAAGUCAUCCGAGAGCGAAAUCGACAAGCUGUCUUUAUGGACGUCAUCAAUAAGCCUGGUGAAAUACAGUACAGGUGUGAGGCGAAGAAUAGUCUCCAUUCCAACAAAACUGGCUCCAGUCAACACCUCAGCGUGAAUGUCAUAGUGCCUUUGAGCCUAAUGACUCUGACCGUCAUCCCCACCCCACUAGCAAUCUCAGAGGGAGAAGAUCUCAGAUUCAUAUGUAGUGUUAAUGGCACAGGGCCAGUCACCUUUAAGUGGUACCGAACUGGCAGUGCAGUACCGUUGCAAACCAACACCACCACAGAGACCUACUCAAGCUUUGUGAUAAAACCAGUCUCCAAAAAUGACAGUGACAAGUACUACUGUGAGGCUUCCAACGGCGCCAACAAGGUCAGAAGUGAGAACGUUGAUGUACAAGUACUCAUGGCACUGUGGAAAAAAAUGUUGAUUAUCGUGGCCUGUCUGCUGCUGCUGUCAGUUCUGCUCUUGGUGGCGAGCAUGCUGUACAUCAAAUCUAAGAGAGAUAGAAGAGAAGCAGCUGCUGAACUGUCGGUAAAGCCUUCGAGCCCUAAAUCAGAUGACCCUUUAACAGUGAAUCUAACCCACGACACAGACGUUUAUAAUGCAGCCACAGUGAAGGUGGACAGAGCUGAAGUCAGCGUGUGGAGCAAACGGAAACCUGAAACAGAAAGCGAUGAUGAGAUCAGCAAGAUGUCCAACGAGCCUAACGUGGAGUACACGGAGGUGGUGCACGCCCGGUCAACAGAUCCUGACAGAGUUCCACUGAGAAAAGGCACAGACACAGUUUACAGUGAGCUCCAAAACUCUCCACAUGGUGCUGCUGAUCCCCCCGACUAUGUGAGUAAUCUGCACAGUCACACUCAUCUUCAGACGUCUUUGGUGGGAUUGUUGGCAAGAGAGCAUGUUUCACUUUUUAUUACUGUCAUCAUUAGACUUCGUUCUUGCCUGUGACCUGUUUAUAUGCCUUUAUAUUAAGUAUACAAAUACAUGACAUCCACCCAUCCAUUCAUUCUCUUCCUCUUAUCCUUAUCAAGGUCGUGAUAGGCUGGAGCCUAUCCCAGUUAUCAUGCCACCUGCUUCCAAGGUGCACAGAUAAGAUGAUAAAGUCUGGAGACUUGUCAUUUGUAUAAGCUGAUGUGUUUUAGCUUGUCGCCUCCACCAGAAUCAUCACGAGGCAAAAUCAUUUUAAAUAGAUUUGUUAUGUCAUACAUGCAUCUGCCACCGAGCCUGGGUGGCCUUUGGAAGCAGACCUAUCAACUUCAAGUGGUGCAAAACUUAAACAGCACGCUUCAGUUCCAUUUCAAAAAUUUACGGAACAAAGUGGUGCCACCCAGGUUUUCUAUUGGACCAUUUUCCAUGGCCUGAAGCCACAUGACUACUGUAGAUGCCCAGCCCAUCCUUAGAUAUGGCAGCAGACGUAUAUGACUUGUUCUUUUCUAUUUUUAUGAUGGCCAUGAAGCACUUCAAUCAAACAAUUAAAUAGUUCUAUAAAAGUGCUGCUGGAGUUUUAACCUCUUCACAUUCUCAGUAUUACACACGGAUUAACGCAUCUGUAAUCUUCUUAAGAUCAGAUCUAAAACUGAUGAGGUAUUAUGAGUUAAAAAUGCAUUGAAUAUUUCCACUUCACUUGUUACAUUCAAGUGUUAAAAGCCUCAGUAUUGCACACUGACCCGCAGUGUAUGAGUUCAUCAGGAUGCAGGUACAGCUUGUCAGAUGAAUCAUGCAUAAGCAUCAGGGGAGUGAUGAUUAGUACUAGUGCUGUAUAUUUUUAUGCAUUAAUGAAUGAUGCAUGCUUUCAUCUUAGUUACACGGAAAUGUUUAUUAGUCAUAUUUUAAAAGUUAUAACUGUUAGUCCCUCCAUUUAUUCUCAUUAAAUUUAAAUACAACGUAAUGAGUUUUCACAACUUCUCGCUUAUGGUCAUAAACAAAAAGUGCCUUCGGGCUGGGUCCAGACAUGCACAAUCAAAAAGAAGACAUUUCCUCACAAAAACUGUGAACUUUCUUCAAAUGGAGAGCUCGUCCAAACAGUGCAUCACUCUCACUCUACAGCUUAACUUUGAUUGUGUCCUGUUUUUGUUCUGGAAGUGACACAUGAUGAGAAGCAGUAUAAGUUUAUCUUCAUUUUAUUGCACACUUGUAUUCUUCUGCCAGUGGGUAAAAUAGUCACUACAGUUUUAUAUAGUAAGUCAUGUAAUGUAUCCUUCUGGUCUCGGUGACCCUCUACAGGCCGAUAAUCCAGAGAGAGAGGGAAACGGCUGUCAAAGUUUCCAGACGAGAACAAAGACAUUUGGGCCGGGGCUUCCUUCCCUAUCAGACAGUCAGAUCAGGCGCUGUGGUCAAGUCAAAUUACCUUCAAUCCCAUCUCAGCCAACAUACUGUCUCCCACUGAGCCCUAAACAUAGCCACUGAUGGCCGCACUAUUUGUCCUUACAUGGUGCUCAAGGCGGUUAAACUGGGGAAUUUGAAGAAUAAACUGAGGAUGUGACAUCACUGUCUAAAAGUGGCUAAUUUUUCACUGUUGUGUGUUCUCCAUAGCAGAUUUGGUUUGCUCGGGUCAGGAAGCUAAUAUUUGGGAGACAAUUUGCAGUUUUUGCUUUUGGCAUCUGUUAUGCUAGAAGCACAAAAACCUCAAA